UUAAUUCUUACGACAGCAAUGGCUUUCGGUGUUUCUAGUUCCCCCCGAUGAGAGGGGAAAGAUGGGUGCAGCGUUCCCCGUGUAAUGCCGUGCUGUGGAAAUGGUAUUAACAGAACCUUGUUAUAAGUACUUUUUGAUGCAGUGAAGGGGUGUGAAAUAAUCAAGUUCCUCAGGGAGAGCAGACUCCCUUUGCCGGAAUGAGCAUUAUCUGAUGGGAGACGACAGUCUAGUCCGCUGAGGAUCCUGCGCUAGAAGGGCCUCGGCCUCCCAUGGAUUAGAAAUCAGAAACACGUUUAUUGUGAAAUCAGAUUAUAGCCGCACUAGGCUCUUUUAAUUUUGUCUCCUUCCUGUGUCUUCUAGCUGUCCGAUUUCUUUUGGAUUACUGAGUGUUAUGGCUUCAAAUCAGAGUCUGGUUCUUCUGCUCCUUGGCUUCCAUUCCACCCUGCUCCUGGCCACCGCCACUGCUGCUCAGAGUGAAGAGCGUUUGUGCGCCUACAAAGAUCCCAACCAGCAGGACCAGGGAGUCAGCGAAAGUCAGAUAUCCCCUGAGAAUGGCACUGUGGAGUGUUCCAAGGGAAGCACCUGCUUUGGCUUAUGGGGAAAAAACAGAGAUGGGGAAAUCAAUCUCGUCAAGCAAGGUUGCUGGUCAUACAUAGGUGACCCACAUGAUUGUCACCAUGAAGAAUGUGUGGUAACUACUACUCCACCACUCAUACAGAAUGGGACCUACCGCUUUUGUUGCUGCAGUGCUGACAUGUGCAAUGUGAACUUCACAGAAAAUUUCACACCUCCAGACCCUACUGACACAACACCUUUCAGUUCUACAGGCUGGAUGCACCGUGAAUUGACUAUAAUAAUCGCCCUUGCGUCUGUGUCUGUCGUGGCUGUGCUUAUUGUUUUUUUCUUUUUUGGAUAUAGGAUAUUUGGAGAAGAUCGCAAACAAGGUCUGCAUAGUAUGAAUAUGAUGGAAGCUGCAACAUCAGAACCAUCUUUGGAUUUGGAUAACCUUAAGUUAUUAGAGCUCAUCGGUCGUGGUCGUUAUGGGUCUGUGUACAAAGGAUCCCUGGAUGAGCGUCCAGUGGCUGUGAAAGUUUUUGCUUUCAACAACCGGCAGAACUUUGUCAAUGAAAGGAGUAUUUACCGCACUCCUUUGUUGGAACAUGAUAACAUUGCCCAUUUUAUCGUGGCUGAUGAGAGGGUGUCUUCAGAUGGACGUCUGGAAUACCUGCUAGUGAUGGAGUACUACGCAAAUGGAUCCCUAUGCAAGUAUUUAAGUGUGCAUACCAAUGACUGGCUCAACUCCUGCCGCUUGGCACAUUCAGUAACCAAAGGAUUGGCAUACCUACACACAGAGCUGCUGCGCGGAGAUCAAUACAAACCGGCAAUUUCACAUCGUGACCUGAACAGCCGUAACGUGCUAGUGAAGACCGAUGGCACUUGUGUCAUCAGCGACUUUGGCUUGUCCAUGCGACUUACAGGAAACCGGCUGGUGAGGCCAGGAGAUGAAGAUAAUGCAGCUAUAAGUGAGGUUGGCACCAUCCGUUACAUGGCUCCUGAAGUCUUGGAAGGAGCAGUGAAUCUUAGAGAUUGUGAGUCUGCUUUGAAACAAGUGGACAUGUAUUCACUGGGCCUGAUAUACUGGGAAAUCUUUAUGAGAUGUACUGACCUCUUUCCCGGGGAAUCUGUACCGGAGUAUCAAAUGGCAUUUCAGGCUGAAGCUGGAAAUCACCCUACGUUUGAAGACAUGCAAGUUUUGGUGUCAAGAGAGAAGCAAAGGCCAAAAUUUCCAGAAGCAUGGAAAGAGAACAGCUUGGCUGUGAGAUCACUUAAAGAAACAAUUGAUGAUUGCUGGGAUCAGGAUGCAGAAGCCAGGCUUACAGCACAGUGUGCAGAGGAGAGAAUGGCGGAGCUAAUGAUGAUCUGGGAGAGGAAUAAGUCAGUGAGCCCAACCAUCAACCCAACAUCUACAGCUGUGCAGAAUGAGCGCAAUCUAUCACAAAGUCGACGAGUAGCAAAGAUUGGCCCAUACCCGGAUUAUUCAUCAUCAUCUUAUAUUGAAGAUUCUGUGCACAACCCUGACAGUAUAGUAAAGAACAUUUCAUCUGAGAACUCCAUGUCCAGCACUCCUCUUACUACAAGUGAGAAGAAUCGGAACUCUAUUAAUUAUGAGCGCCAACAGGCUCAGGCACGUCUCCCAAGCCCGGAGACCAGUGUGACCAGCUUGUCAACUAACACUACCACUACCAACACUACUGGGCUCACACCAAGCACUGGUAUGACCACAAUAUCAGAGGUCCAGUACUCAGAUGACACUAUGCAUGGCAUGCAGCCUACUGGACCCACUCCGGUUUGUCUGCAGCUUACAGAGGAAGACUUAGAGACUAAUAAGCUAGAUCCAAAAGAAGUUGAUAAGAACUUGAAGGAAAGCUCUGAUGAGAACCUUAUGGAACAUUCCCUCAAACAAUUCAGUGGGUCUGAUCUUCUGAGUAGCACCAGCUCCAACCUGUUUUACCCACUAAUUAAGCUGGCAGUGGAAUCCACGGGUCAGCAGGAUUUUACCCAAGUGGGCAAUGGUCAAGCUUGCUUAGUUCAAGACAUACAUCCUGCACAACUCUAUCCUCUUCCUAAGCAGCAAAACCUUCCCAAAAGACCUACCACCCUUCAACUAAAUACUAAAUCCUCCGGCAAAGAGUCUAGACUUAAAUUUGGCAGCAAGCACAAAUCUAACUUGAAGCAUGUCGAGACAGGAGUGGCCAAAAUGAACACAGUGAGUGCUGCAGAACCUCAUGUGGUGACAGUUACCACAGCUGCAGGUAGGACAGGCUAUGUGAACUCUCAGGGGCCCUCAAGCCAGCAUUCAAACAUAGUCUUAGGUCCCAAUACCAACUCAAUGGCCCAAAGGGCACAAGACCAGUUCCGAGGUGAGGGGAGCCGACUGAACAUCAACUCUAGUCCAGAUGAGAAUGAGCCACUGCUGAGGAGAGAACAACAGGCUGGGCAGGAUGAGUCUGUACUAGACCGACUAGUUGAAAGGAGGGAUCGGCCACAGGAGACCAGCAGGGUAAACUCAAAUAACAAUAACAACAGCAGCCAGUGUGUACAGCAAGAUACAGGAGCACAGGUUCCUUCUGUAGAACACAGACAGCGCAAUACAAGGAGAGCACAGAGACCGAACUCCCUUGACUUGUCCACCUCCAGUAUUAUGGAUAACUGCAGCACACAAUGUGAUACACUAUCAGACAGUCGGGCCGGCUCAGGCGAGAAGAUUAAGAAGAGAGUAAAGACACCAUACUCGCUGAAACGAUGGCGCCCCUCUACGUGGGCCAUCCCCACUGAGCGUCAGGACUGUGAGGUCAACAACAAUGGGGGCGAUGAUACCUUCAGCCACUCAAAAUCGAGCACAGCUGUUUACCUUAUAGAUGGGAGCACCACCACUGCUGCCCUUUCUAAAGAUGCCAGGAUGAGCUGCUUGUAAAUGAUCCAAUCAUCUCUUUUUUAUUAUUAAUAUUUUUAAUAUUAUUUUCAAGUUUUUUUGAAUGCCUCCAAAACCUGAUUUUUUUUAUCAUCUAGUGAGUAGAAGACAUGGAAAAUCAUAUUUCUAUCAUCAAAUCUUUGUACAGGACUUGUGAUAACACUCAUGGUUAUGGCAGCGCCAGCAGUCCAGUGGAGGUUCAUCAUGUCUUGUCCUUCCACAACCAUGAGCGUUACAUAGAAUUCAGCUAUGCAGAGUAAACACACAAAAUAGAGUUUAUGCUUCCAUGUUGUUGGUUUUUGUUUUUUAAAUUUUUAUUUUAAAGUUAGUUCUGCACCUUCUACAUAUUGUUUUGUGAGUCCCAAGUCUGGUCAUGUUUCAUGUAUACAUAAAACGAAAAGAGGAAAAAAAAAAAAAGACCACAGAAAGUAGAACACCUCUGAAAAUGUCUUUUGUUAAAACGACGGAGAAGAUAUUGUUGACCAUUGUGGUCUCUAAAAAUUCUGCAAAAAAUGUCAGACAGGAUUAACUGCAGCAGUGUCUUGUGCACGCAAAUGUUUGAUUUUUAUGCUCUGUCUAGUCUGUAUGUUGAUGUUUUAAAGAAGCGCUUGUUCAAGGACAAAUACACCAAGAAAUGCUUAUUUUCUGCCUUUUAUUUUAGUAGCAAAAGACUUUGCACUUUUAGGUAAAAGCACUGCAAGUCAUAUUGAAAAUGGCUGUCUCACAGGAAGUUUCCAUUCACAAUUCCAAACCCCUAAACUGUGAAUCAGUUUACUCCAUAGCUUGGACAGAUUUUAGCCUUUGACUUUGGGGGCUUCAAUCUUUCCAGCUAGCUGAGAAGACAGAGCCGCAGCAUGAUGGACUUACUGAUGAACUGAUGGGGUUUUAUGUAAAAUGUUUACUUUCACCAGGCUUAUUUGCGUAUCGGACAACCAUUCUUAGCUGAUGACACUCGGAGGAAGAAGAAACAGGGGACACGUCUAUUAAGGCUUUAAGGCGUAUGUUAAAAAAAAAUAAAAAAAUAGAAUCAAAUAUUAUAUAAAUAUAUAUAUAAAACAUGUGAUAACAAGAAAAGAGCUUAUAAAAGUGAUAUUUUAGCCUAUCUGUGCAAGAGUGAACACUUGUUAAGCAGAGUGGUAUCCCUUUGAAUAUCUGGCUUUUCAUGUACUUGGUUGAAAUGUGCAAUGAUAUAUUUUUUCCUCAAUGCUUUACUGCAAAUACAUUUCACUAACACUAAAACUUUCCGUAAUGUUUGUGAUUUUUUUUUUAAUAUAGUUUUAUCCUAAAUAACUGCUACAAAAUGUCCCCACAAGCUGCUUUUUGUAUCUGGAAGCUGCCCGUUGCUGGUUAUGUCCUGUGAAUAUGCUUUAACUUUGUAUUUUUAAUAUAUAUUGAAUAAAUGUAUGCAGAAUACA